AUUCGCGGUCGUCGCGUCCUCCACGGAACCCGCAUCCACAGCCCAAAAGCACAAGGGAUGGCCUCUCCAGCCUAAAAACUGGACCCAACCGCCGACGUCCAAACCAUAUCACGCAAGAGCUGCUAGAAUGGACCUCACCAGCUUUGAAGAACCCCCCGCCAAAAGACGGCGUUUCUUUGCAGAUGACAACGACGAGCCAGUGCAACACUGGCAUGCUGCCCCGGCCACUUCUUCGCCUUGCACAUCGAGAACGAGAAGCCCUUCGUUUGCCCAUGAUGAUGGUCAGGCAAAGUCUCCAGGGUUUGAAACCGCGAAUAUCUCGGGCGCCCCAAGAGUUCCACUGUCAGAGCGAGAGAUCGAAAGCUCUCAAAACCAAAUUCUUCCUCCGCAAGGAAGAGAAGGCGACCGCAAUGCCGCAUCGGUCCCCCAAGCAUUCGAUCAGGAGACAUUCGAAAGCUUCGUCGGCGUUAAGGUCAGCCCCGAUGCUAUGACUGCGAUCCGAGAAAACUGCCGCGACGAUUUGCAGGUUGCAGUCAACAUGUUCCUGGACGGUACCUGGAAGACCUUGUCGAAAAAAGGGCCAUCUCAGGCACCAGCACGCCUGUCCUCCUCGGCGUCUGUGCCUCGAAAACAGGAAACCUCCGCAUCAUCGUCUAGCCAGGCACCUACGCUGACAUCAACGCCGGAGUCGCGAUACAUUGGCGCAUUUGGUGUCGAGGGAUGGGCAACGAGGAGCGGUACGAACCUGCUGAAGCAUGGCGAUGCCGUCAAGAUCGAACGUCAGAAGGUCCAGGGCCCCAAGCCGGGAUAUCGCGUGAGUGCGGCCUCAGCAAAGCGUGUUGAUGUGAUCGUCCGCUUCACCGACAGUGGAGGAAGAGAGAUUGGCCGUUUGGCCAAGGAGACUGCAGACUGGGUUUCGACAUUGAUGGAUCAGAAAAUAUGCAAAUUCGAGGGAACAUGCGUGUACGCACCUGAGAGACUGCGUACCAAUGACACCGUCUUCCUACAGCUUCGGUGCUCGCUCUUACGGACCGCAUUCUUUGCAGGUGGCUUCCAAGGCGCAGACAACAGAACCACUGGCCGGUUUGGGGAGACUGAAACAUCUGAGGAGAAGGACUUGCGGUUAAGACAGGUUGCGCUUGUCAGGCUCUUCCAGGAGAUCAAUCUCCUCCCCAGCCGAGGGAAUGCAGCGGCAGCCAAGAAUCAGCGGCAGGGCCUCCUCCACGCAGCCGAGAUGGCUGAUAACAAGGACAAGCAGAAAUUCAAAUCUCCAGACGACGAUAGUGCUGCUUCUUCCUCUCCUUCGGACGACAACGAAGACGGCCAGGAGCUCGAGCAAGACCAGCUCGAUGCUCUUUACAAGAAGGCGCAGUCGUUCGACUUCAAUACACCCGAAGCAGAGCCUGCUGAAACAUUUGCCAUGACGUUGCGUCCGUACCAGAAGCAAUCAUUGCAUUGGAUGGUGGCAAAGGAAAAGGAUGUGCGAAACGAGGAGCGAGAGACGUCCAUGCACCCUUUGUGGGAGGAGUACGUCUGGCCCACCAAGGAUUUCGACGACAAUCAACUCCCGGAAAUCCUCCAUCAGCCCGCCUUCUACGUUAAUCCUUACUCUGGCGAGUUGUCGCUGGAGUUUCCCCGUCAGGAACAGCAUUGCCUCGGAGGCAUCCUAGCUGAUGAGAUGGGCCUGGGCAAAACGAUCCAGAUGCUGAGCCUGAUCCAUACACACAAAUCCGACGCAGCAAUCCAGGCGCGCAAGUCAAAUUCCAACGGCUCGCCUUCAUCAGUCAAUCAACUUCCCCGACUCCCUGUUGUUUCGGGCCGGGAUACCGUUACAGACGCCCCGUGCACUACUCUGGUCGUCGCCCCCAUGUCCCUGCUUGCUCAGUGGCAGAGCGAGGCGGACAAUGCUUCACGUGAAGGAACUCUGACAUCCAUGGUAUACUAUGGGAAUGAGAAGAAUGUCGACCUACAGGCGCUGUGUUGCGGCGCCAAUGCUGCAAACGCGCCGGAUCUUAUUAUUACCAGCUAUGGCGUGGUGCUCUCCGAAUUCAGUCAGAUCGCCACCAAGAAUGGUGGCAACAGAGCCACUAGCCGUGGCAUAUUCUCGCUGAAAUUCUUCCGCGUGAUCCUAGACGAGGCGCACACCAUCAAGAAUCGUCAGUCGAAGACGGCCAGGGCCUGCUACGAAAUCGCCGCAGAACAUCGAUGGGUGCUGACAGGCACUCCGAUUGUCAACAAACUCGAAGACCUCUUCAGUCUUGUCAGGUUUCUCAGAGUCGAGCCGUGGAACAACUUCUCCUUUUGGCGGACUUUUAUCACGGUCCCAUUCGAGUCCAAGGAUUUUGUGCGGGCUCUAGACGUUGUCCAGACGGUCCUAGAACCACUCGUCAUGAGAAGAACAAAGGAUAUGAAGACGCCGGACGGGAAGGCCCUUGUUCCUCUGCCCCCGAAGCAGAUAGAGAUUGUGGACAUUGAGCUCUCCAAAGCGGAGCGUGACGUCUAUGACUACAUAUUCAAGAGAGCGAAGCGAACAUUUUACGCCAAUGUCGAAGCGGGAACGGUCUUGAAAGCCUUCACCAGCAUUUUUGCACAAAUUCUCCGUCUUCGUCAAUCAUGUUGUCAUCCAAUCCUUGUUCGUCAUCAGGACAUCGUUGCCGACGAAGAAGAAGCCGGCGCUGCCGCUGAUGCUGCCGCCGGGUUGGCUGAUGAUAUGGACUUACAGUCCUUGAUUGAGCGCUUCACGGCUACGACGGAUGAUGCUGCCGACUCCAACACGUUUGGGGCGCAUGUCUUGGGCCAGAUCCGAGAUGAGGCGGUUAACGAGUGCCCCAUCUGUGCUGAGGAACCAAUGCUCGACCAAACUGUCACUGGAUGUUGGCAUUCCGCUUGCAAGAACUGUCUGUUGGAUUACAUCAAGCAUCAAACGGACCGCCACGAAGUUCCCCGCUGUUUCCAAUGCCGCGAGGUCAUCAACUCGCGCGACUUGUUUGAGGUUGUGCGGCAUGAUGAUGAGGAUGAUGCUGACGUCGGCAUGCCUAAUCAGAGCCCACGCAUCAGCCUUCGUCGGCUUGGUGUUGCCCAUUCCUCGGCCAAGGUCGUGGCUUUGAUCAAUCAUUUGCGGGAACUCCGCAGGAACCAACCCACAACCAAAUCGGUCGUGUUUAGUCAAUUCACUUCGUUCCUGUCGCUCAUCGAACCCGAACUGGCCCGGGUCAACAUGCACUUUUUUCGGCUGGAUGGGUCUAUGUCUCAAAAAGCUCGCAAAGACGUGCUCAACGACUUCAAGGAGAGCAAGAAAUUCACCGUUCUCCUCAUGAGCUUGAAGGCCGGCGGCGUUGGACUGAACCUUACCAGCGCCAAGCGGGUCUACAUGAUGGACCCCUGGUGGAGUUUCGCCAUUGAAGCACAAGCAAUUGACAGAGUUCAUCGAAUGGGACAGGAGGAUGAGGUGAAGGUGUACCGCUUCAUCGUCAAGGACAGUGUCGAACAGAGGAUGUUGAGGGUGCAGGACCGGAAGAAGUUCAUUGCAACAUCUCUCGGCAUGAUGUCCGACGAAGAAAAGAAGAUGCAGCGGAUCGAAGACAUUAGGGAACUUCUCAGCUAACCUACGCAACCAUAGACCUAUUUGUCAGAUUGGUUGCCAGUGUGACCGCGAAGCUGGGGUUUCACAUCAAGCUGCCUUCAUGGUCGUCCCAUAGGGGGAACCACAGUAUAUUAGCCACGACUAUAGACUCGGUGGAACUGAGGAUAGACUUGUACUUAGCUUUAUACAUCCCGUUCCUCAAACCGGCUGCCACGUCCAAGGUAUGAUAGGGGGGCAGAGAUAGGCUCGGACUGAUCGCCAAUUAGCACAUGGAAUAAUUAGAACAGGGCCCAGGAAGACGUGGCCACAUGAACAUUCAGCGUUCCUACCACAGUGCGACCAAAUCAG